GAGAGUUUUAAAAGGGAGGCCCCUCAAGAUGUCUGACAUGUUUCUGCAGGACCGCAGGCCACUGGCUGGCGUAUAGCACAGGCUUGUGGUGGGCUGUUUGUCUGUGUGAAGCUGGCAUGGCCUCCCGUUCCUUUGCAUCUGUUCCCCAUUAGCCGAGAGUAUAAAGCAGGGAGCUGACAGGGGCUGGGAGCACUCGAGUUCCUGCCUGGAUCAUGGGGUUUACUAUCUGGCUGUGUGUGCUCUGCCUGCAGGCGAGCCUGCUGUCACACGCCCUCGACUGCUCAGGAGCAACACAGGGAGAGCUGUGUGUCAGUGGACAGACCGCAGACGGACAGUAUGAUGAUCAGAAGCAGCAGAGGGCGCUACCCUUAACUGAAGGACUGGUUUCGUUCAGACGUAAGAGACAGUUGGAGCACAGGAGUCACACCCACCUCAGCCACUCCAGCUUGCCUGGGGCCGUCUCUGUCAAAGGCUUCCCUAAUACUCUCAUCCAGGCUGAUAGGUCCAGGCGACACUUGACUCAAGCUGCGAAUAAGAAAAAGAACAAGCGUAAACCCCAUCUCGGCUCCUUCUCCCUCCUUAGCAACGACAAGAAAUCCAACCCCCUACAGGUGACUAGAGCAAGGAGACAGGUGAAGCUUGAGCCAGCCAAAAGGGGGAACUCAGGUCGUUCUGGGGCUUUCUCUGUCCUGGGAGAUCCACAGAAUGAUGGAGAGAACGACAGACCCAAAAGAAGCAUACAGAAGAUGCGUGCUUCAAAAUAAAAUGUUCUUUCUUAUUAUGGUAAUGCCUUACAAAAGAUGUGCAAAAGAUGACACAUUUUUUUAUUUUACCAAAAAAAAUCAUGUAUACAAACUGAAGAUUGGUGUGAAUUUCUGACAUGUGUUUAUUCGGUUUGAGUAAUUAAGUGAUGUCCACCAAUGCUGUUUCAAUAGUAAGCUAGCUUACGUUCAUCAGCCAGUCUGCACUUACAGAUACUUUUUAUAUACUAUUUUAAGUUUCUAAUAUAUUCCUGCAUGUUAUAAAAUCACAGAAAUCCCAUAUUAUUAUUCUAGUUUGCCAUUUUGUUGUAACCUAUUUAAUCACAGAUUCCUUAUGAAGAUUGGGGGUAUAUUUUUGCAGAAAUAUUUCUUGUGUUGUUGUAUCAGAUUUCAAUAAAAGUUUAGUGGAGACUAA